CACGCUGCACAGCGAUAAGCAACAGCCAGAUCAACUUUCGGCUUCUCUCCGAUCAAGAUGCUCUCAGCGAUGACAGCGCUCUCAUGGCUGCUGCUGACGAAUAUUCUGGCCACCCCUGCAGCAGCGACUUAUCAGUCACCAGGAUGUUGCUCCAAACUGCCCUACGUUGCCCUCAAGCCACUCUUCAAAGUCCCCGGCGUUCAGUCCUACUGCUCUUCAAAAUACCCGCUCGCUGUCGUCACCAGCACCAUCACCAACCCAGCCGCUACCAGAACAACUAUCGUUCAAACCGUCACCGCAACGACAACAGUCGACACUUCGGUUCAGCAAGGCUCCUGUACAAUUUCCUUGCCUAAAGGGCCCAUUUGACUAAAUCCAGACCAUCACCAUCACCGCCGAAUCGUUGACGUCGAAGUGGCCACAAUCACAUUAACAGACAUCGUCGCUAAUGUCACCGUGUCGGACGGCUACUCCAAACGCUCCCCCACCCCAAAACC